UAAUAUUAUGUAUGUAAGUAUUAAUUUAUAUCGAUACUCAAGUAUCAAGAUUACAACGGAAAGUAGAAAUUGUGGUGGCGCUAACCGCGUGUUUCUUGUCGUGCAACAAUAACAAAAUAUCCAUUAACUGUAGUGUUUUCUGUUCUUCUAACGUACCGGCGAAAGCAUGGAUAAAAAGUAAACAUUUAUAAAUGUUAACUUCGAUAUGACACAAAUCUAUGGUUAAAUAUAUACACGAAAGACAAAAUUUAAAAUCGAUCUAAAGAAAGUCUGGGUGAAAUAAGUGUAUUGAUUUCACAACAGUCAAUAAUGCCUGCAAUUAUCAAUCAUAAAAUAUCUUUGAAAUACUUCAUGUAUAAACCGAUUAUCCUUCAAUUGACGAGCAACUUUUUGAAUACGUAAUGUUAGUGUAAUUUAUCAGUUAACAUAAUAUUUAAAUGAUCUUUAUGCAUUUACGAGUAUCAAACAUGAAAUAUCAUAAAAUUACCUUAGUAAACAUUUUUAUAAAAUUACAUGUCUUUUCAAAAUUUGUUUAUUCGGUAUUAGGAAUUAUUAUAAUUACACCAAAGUUGUUUACACAUGAGUGUAUGAAGAACAAGUCGUGACUGAGGGAUUAUUUUAUAAGUUAAUACUGACCGAUUAGCUGUCUUCACGUAUAAUACAUAUUUAUCACAAAGUUUGAAAGUUUACUUAUACCGUUUUUUUUUGCAUCUGCUGAUAAAAACAUGAUAUUACAUGCGGAAAUAUUUUUAUUUCCAAUCGAAAUUUUGUUGCAAACAAUUAUUAAUGAAUAUCUGAAUAAAUCGUAUUGUUUAACUUUGGUCACUGAAACACCUUUUGAUAUUGUUAUUCCUAUAAGUUUUACUUACAUUAUUCCGUAUGAAACUGGAAAUCUGACGAAUCAAAUUCUGGAGGUAUCAGAAAUGGGCUGUUCAGAUUAUAUAGUAAAGAUGCGAGAACCAAAAAAAUUCAUGGUGUCAUUUGAUGAAGUAAAUCAUUUAGGAAACACAAGAAGGAGUGAUAGAAAAGUAAUAUUUUUGCCUUACGAUGAAAAUCAAAUUGGUUUACAAAAUCUAUUAGAUAUUUUAAAAAUGAAACCAACAAAAUUCCUUGCGAAUUUACUAUUGGUUCUUCCUAUUUCAAGGAACAUAUCAGGUUGUAUAUUAUAUGAUUUGGUAUCACAUAGAUUCGUCGGGCCUGAUGAAAAAUCUGCCCAACCAUUAUAUAUAGAUCGCUGGAACUCUUGCACAAGGAAAUUUGAAAAUAACUCUAAUUUGUUUCCUCAUGAUAUGACUAAUUUAUAUGGUAAAACAUUAAAAGUGGCUGGUUUUACCUAUAAACCCUACGUUCUAUUAGAUUUAGACCCUACGGUGGAACCACGAGGCCGUGAUGGUACGGAAACCAGGAUUAUAGAAGAAUUUUGCAGAUGGCUUAACUGCACAAUUGAAUUGGUAAGAGAUGAUGAGCACCAGUGGGGAGAAAUAUACGAAAAUAAUACUGGAGUUGGUGUGAUUGGAAGUCUUAUCGAAGACCGCGCAGAUGUUGGAAUUACUGCCAUGUAUUCAUGGUAUGACGAAUACGUUGUAUUAGAUUUUUCCACUCCAUACAUUAGAACGGCAGUAACUUGUGUUGCGCCUUCCCCCAGGAUUCUAGCCAGUUGGGAAAUGCCGCUAUUGCCCUUCACUUUAUACAUGUGGCUGGCGCUUUUGUUUACUUUAAUCUACGCAUCUAUUGCUCUAACAAUUGCACAGGGAUGUUCUUCAGACAGAGUCUUAUUAACUACAUUUGGGAUGAUGAUAACACAGACUCAGUACUCUGCUGGUUCAACAUGGCGUAUUCGAAGCAUCACUGGUUGGCUCUUGAUAUCUGGUUUGGUGUUAGACAAUGCAUAUGGCGGUGGACUCGCUUCGGUAUUCACAGUACCCAAGUACGAGCCGUCUGUUGACACUGUACAAGAUUUAGUGGACAGACAGUUGGAAUGGGGUGCGACGCAUGAUGCUUGGAUAUUUUCAAUUUCACAUUCUCAAGAGCCUUUGGUAAAACAGUUGAUUAGUUUAUUCAGAGUGAAACCAGCUGCAGAACUACGACAAAAAAGUCUUACUAGAAAUAUUGCCCUUUCUAUUGAACGAUUGCCUGCAGGUUACUUUGCAGUUGGUGAUUAUAUAACAAAAGAAGCCAUGUUAGAUUUGACAGUAAUGCAGGAAGAUUUCUACUAUGAACAGUGUGUGGCUAUGUUGAGGAAGAGCUCUCCAUAUACGAAGAAAUUAAAUCAAUUAGUGGGACGACUACAUGAAUCAGGUCUUAUGAUAGCUUGGGAGACACAGGUGUCCUUAAAAUAUUUAAACUUCGAAGUGCAACUAGAAGUACGACUGUCACGUUCUAAAAGAGAUAUAGAAAUUGUGGAGCAACUGAGUUUACGUCAUGUAGUGGGAGUCUUCAUCAUAUAUGUGACGGGAGUAAUUCUCUCUAUUCUAAUUUGUAUAAUGGAAAUAUUAGUUAAAAGGAAACAAACUAUACAAGAAUAAAAUGUGAAGAUAAAGGGCGCUAAUACCGCAGACACAUUAUAAUACAUAGUUCCGCAAGUUUACUGUGGCGAAUGAAAGCAUAAGUGCAUGUCAGAUAAUGAUAGUGGAUGUAAGAUUGGAUCAUGUAGUUAAUCAAUAUUUUUUUCAUUAUUUAAUGAGAGAUAUAUAAAGCAUACGACAAGUAAUAGAUACGUAUUCAUUAUAUAAAGUAUGCAAAAAAACGGAGAACAAAGACAAAAAAUAUCUAUUGUUACUGCUACCUAGGUUUUAUUUUUAAAACAAUGUAGUAAUAACGUAAUCGAUUAAAGCUCGCCUUGUUAUACAUUGUGGGAGUGCUAAUACCAAAAUUGUUGUCAGGAAGUGAUUUACGACCGUGGCAAAAGUACCAUGAAAGCAGGAUUAAUGCAAUUUAUUUCCUUAAAAGAUAAAGUAAGGAACAGUAUGAUUGUUAAAUAUUGAUAUCUAGAACGCACCUCAUAUAUUGUGUCAUACGAUGGUGGCGCUAAUGUAGAUUUUGUAUUUCCUGUCUUUAUCUUGCUCUAAUGUGUAUUGUACAAGCAGCUACAAUUAAACGUUUCUUCUAAUUAAUUUUUAUUUUCAUUAGUAUACUGAAAUCUACUGUCAAUCCGCAAAAACUUAACAGUGAUUAUAGAGCAAUAGAUUAUUUUCUAUUUACGCAAAAAUAGAAUGUCUUUUGUAAUAUGUAUUGGUAAAAUUUUAUGCUACAAAAACCGGUUUUAGUCGUAAGUAAUUUUUAAUGUAACACACAGAUUAGAAAGACUACACUACUACCUAGACUGGUAGCCUUGCGUAGACUAGUUAUUUAUUAUUAUAAGUAAUUAUAUUUAUUAUUAUAUAAUAAAUAAAAUUUUAAGAAUGUUA